CUGUGCGUAAGUGUUCAGAUGAUUGCCAUUGCGCCCAUGGGAGGUGCCUACAUCUUCACCACAUCCAUCUCCUUCCUUCUCAUGCUCAUGUCCAUUGCUGCUACCAAGGACCAUGGCAGCAGCUACCUCGCGAGAGGUUCCUCGGUCUCCAUCGACGACGGCACCAGUACCACCACCCCCGUCCUCAUCUCGCCGAACGGCGAGUUCGCAUGUGGCUUCUACAGGGUGGCUACAAACGCCUUUACCUUCUCCGUCUGGUUCACCGGCUCGUCGGGGAAGACCGUCGCUUGGACGGCCAACCGCGACGCACCGGUGAAUGGCAGAGGGUCUAGGCUCGCCUUCCGGAGGGACGGGGGUUUGGACCUGCUCGAUUACAAUGGCGCCGCCGUCUGGAGCACCAACACGACCGCGACUCGUGCCAGCCGUGCUGAGCUUCUGGACUCCGGCAACCUUGUCGUCGUGGAUCCGGACGGUCGGCAACUCUGGAGAAGCUUCGACUCGCCGACAGACACGCUUCUGCCGUCGCAGCCGAUGACUCGGAACAUACGACUGGUAUCUGCAUCUUCGAGGGGUUUGUUCUACUCAGGGCUCUACUCAUUGUUCUUUGAUAAUGACAACCAGCUAAAACUCAUGUACAAUGGCCCUGAGGUUAGUAGCAUAUAUUGGCCCGAUCCUUUCAACGAUGAGUGGACAAAUGGCAGGACUAUUUACAACAGUAGCCGUCAUGCAAUUCUUGAACAGACUGGCCAUUUUAUCUCGAGUGACGAAUUUGAAUUUGAAGCUUCUGAUCUUGGUGAUAAGGUUGUGAGGAGGUUGACUCUGGAUUACGAUGGCAACCUUAGGCUGUAUAGCCUAAACACGACAACCGGUAAUUGGUCAGUCACUUGGAUGGCAUUCCAUCGAGUCUGCAACAUACAUGGACUGUGUGGCAAAAACAGCAUCUGCAAAUAUAACAUACCGAACCUUUUACCUCAAAAAACAUAUAUACCGAACCUUGAGUGCUCUUGCCUUGAAGGAUUCGAGGUGGUUGAUUCAAGCAACUGGAGCAAAGGGUGCAGGCACAAGCCAAACAUCACGGCCACCCAUGGUUUCUCAUUCAGAAAGCUCGCCAACACUGACUUCUAUGGGUAUGACUUGGACUACAUCGAUCAGGUGUCAAUUUCGAAGUGCAAACACAUGUGCUUGGACAAUGCUGAUUGCCAAGCUUUUGCAUACCGCCAGGGAAAUGGUGAAUGUUAUCCAAAGGUCUUUCUUUUGAAUGGCAAGAACUUCCCAAAGCCUCGGAAUGACCUUUAUCUGAAAGUUCCCAAGGGAGUCUUCACUUCGUCAAAAUUGGCUUCUUCAGUAGCCCAUGCAUGCAAAGUUCAUGAAAAAGAGGUCAAUGUCUCGUCGCAAAUGUUAAAGGAUGGCUCUUCAAAGUUCAAGUUUGGCUACUUCCUCUCUUCUGCAUUAACACUGCUUUUCAUUGAAGCAACUUUAAUCAUCGCCGGUUUUUGGGUUGUUAAUAAAUGGGAGAGAAGACCGGAGAUCGAAGAUGAAGGCUACACAAUAAUUUCCAGCCAGUUCCGAAUGUUCAGCUACAAGGAGUUACAGAAGGCAACCAAUUGCUUCAAAGAAGAGCUAGGAAGCGGUGGAUCAGGAGCAGUUUACAAGGGAAUCCUGGAUGAUGAAAGGAAGGUCGCGGUGAAGAAGCUAAAUGAUGUGAUCCAAGGAGAUCAGGAGUUCAGGUCUGAGCUAAGUGUCAUCGGAAGAAUUUAUCAUAUGAAUCUGGUCAGAAUUUGGGGGUUUUGUGUCGAGAAGACACACAAGCUCUUGGUUUCCGAGUUCAUUGAGAAUGGUUCUUUAGCCACAGUUCUGUUUGAUCACCAGAGUCUAUCUCCUGCGCUCCAAUGGGGCCAAAGGUACAAUAUUUCUCUUGGGUUGGCGAAAGGACUGGCCUAUCUCCACCAUGAGUGCCUUGAAUGGAUUGUGCAUUGUGAUGUCAAACCAGAGAACAUAUUGUUGGAUAAAGACUUUGAGCCCAAGAUUGCAGAUUUUGGACUGGUGAAGCUACUAAAACGAGGGACAGUGGCUCAAUUGUUGUCAAGAGUGCAUGGGACCAGAGGAUAUAUUGCACCAGAGUGGGCUCUAAAUCUUCCAAUCACAGGUAAGGCUGAUGUUUACAGCUACGGUGUAGUGCUUCUUGAGUUGGUGAAGGGGGUUCGUGUUUCCAGUUGGGUGGUUGAGGGCGAGGAGGAGGUUGAAAUGGCUAUCAGAUGCUCUACUGAAAUUCUGAAGAAGAAACUAGUAGGCGAAGAUCAGUCAUGGCUUCUGGAUUUUGUUGACUACAGGCUGGAAGGAGAUUUCAACUAUUCAGAAGCGAUUGUGAUGCUUCAGAUAGCAGUAUCAUGUUUGGAAGAAGAAAGGAGCAGAAGGCCAAGCAUGAGCCAUGUUGUCGAAACUCUGCUUUCACUGGCGGAAUGAAGUUCAGUACUAUCAUUACAACUAAUACAGCCAGAUGAUGGUGUGUAAUGUAUAAAAAGUAAUGUUUCUGUGGUAUUGCAUAGAAAAUUUUCUAUAAGCCUUUUCCUAUCAUAUGUAG